UUUACAUAAAACACGACACAUAUAUCGUCUUAUGUAAAACGAUAGAAAGUUUGGACGAACGUAUUUUCUCUAUUUUCUGUUUUAGAUACUCGAAAUUAAAAUAUAUAAAUAUACCAAACAUGGACUAUAAAGAAUGGAGUUUUGUUGUACUUAUUAUUUUGGAAGAGUUUGUUGGGAUUGUUGCGGGAACCACUUGCAGUUACAUUUCAUCUACAGGUGUCAGAAAAUACACAUUCUGUAUGCAAAAAUGUUGUGAACGCGGAAAUAAAAGUUAUUCUAACGUGUGCUGCACAUAUGACGGUGAGAAUCAAGUAUAUUUGGGAGCUGGCAUGGCAACACUUAUUGUUAUAUCUGUAUUUGUAAUCUGUUUUGUAUAUGUUUGUUGUAAAAAUCGUAUACAGAGGUUACAUACUCGUGUUAGAACACGGUCACAAUCUGGAACACCAAAUCAACCUGAAACAACAAUACCAACUGUCAGUUUGCAAGUGGAACCCUUACAGCCACCGGCCUAUGAAGCUUUACCACCACCUUACUAUAGUGUUGCACCAGGAACCAGUGAUAAAAAAUACGAGUUUUCUUCUUUACAUAACGAACCUCCACCCGCGUAUACACCAUAACAUUUCGUGUGAAUAUUAAACCAUAACCUGAGAUAUUUCCAUGUCUUUUCAACUGUAACGCACGUGAUCACGUGAUAAGAAAUCUUGCACUAAAAAACAACGUAAUUUAUCGUUUUGAGGUUUAAGUUUUUUUAUGAACUUUUCGCCAUGUCGACAUUAACCAACAAACUUUUUACAUCGUUCUUUCUUUUUAUUUAAAUAUAUCUUCCGGUUAUUUUGUUUUAAGAAUAAUCGGUAUGCUUGUUUUUCUUUCAAUUGACGGAGAAGUUUAAUUGUUUAUAUAAAUUUGUUAAAAUUAUGUAUACAUGUAUAUUUAUUUGUAAUAAACAUUAUAAUAUGUUA